AUGACUCCAUCGGCAGAUCAAGGACCAGAUCGAAAAAGAAAACAAUUUCAAGGAGGUCGAGGUCCUAAGAGACAAAAGGUUUUCAAGCCAAAGCCAGUGAGGGAAGGAUCAUCUGAGGAAGUUUUAAUAGCAGAUGUGCGAGCAUUGUUUGCGGCGCAAAAGAUUGCCAGUGCUUCACAAGCUCCAAUUGAGAAUGGAAAUAUCGAAUCUGCGAAUGGGGAAACUGGAGCUGAAAAACAAGAAUCAACAUCAGCUGAGGUAGCGCAUGUUUUGGCAGAUGCUACAUCAGAAGUACCCUUACCGGAGCGUUUCUCAGAAAUCGAGGUGAAGGUUGUGGAGAUAUCAUCUACCGGAGACGGGCUUGCGCUACACCCACCUACCAAUAGAAUAUACGUUGUACCAUUCAGUGUACCAGGAGAUAUUGUAAAGGCAAAAGUUAUUACGCAUUUCCCGCAAGAAAACUACUCUAUGGCAGAUUUCGUUUCUGUGGUUGAGCCAUCCCCUCUUCGAGACGAUAGUCGAGUAAAUUGCAAAUACUUCAGCAAAUGUUCAGGAUGUCAAUUUCAGAUGCUGGACUAUUCGACUCAAUUACAACAUAAGAAAACAAUCGUUGAGAAGGCAUACAAGAACUUCUCCCAACUUCCUCCCGAACUUGUACCAGCUAUUCAAGAUACGAUUGGCAGUCCUUUGCAAUAUGAAUAUCGCACAAAACUUACACCACAUUUUGAUGGGCCUCCAGGUUACAGGAGUAGGGUGCACAGAAGGAACGAUAACAAAGCUGCCUUUGAAAAAGUACCAGAUAUUGGAUUUAUGCAAAAAGGAAAAAGGGCUACCUUGGAUAUCGAGGAUUGUCCAAUAGGAACAGAUGCAGUAAGAAUGGGAAUGAAGACUGAGAGAAAAAGAGUAGCAGAUGAACUUCACAAAUACCAAAGAGGAGCCACGAUUUUAUUACGAGAGAGCACGAAAAGAAUUUACAAAGGCGAUCCAGAAUAUCAAGAGGAUAUGGAAACACCACCUAACACUAUCAAAGUUACAACUCCAGAGUAUACUGAUUUAAAAACUUGUAUCACGGAUAAUAAAGGGGAAUCAACCGAAUACAUUGAUAGCUUCCUUUUCACCAGCAUCGCAGGAUCAUUCUUUCAAAACAACAAUUCUAUCCUUCCCGUUUUCACACAAUAUAUUCGAGAUCACGCCUUACCACCUCCAGGAUCCUACUCUCCAGACUUACCCAAGAUUCAAUAUUUAAUUGAUGCCUACUCUGGAUCCGGACUCUUCACCAUCACCCUCUCAUCUCUCUUUAAAUCCUCCACUGGGAUCGACAUUUCAGAUGCUUCUAUCAUAUCCGCACGUCGCAAUGCUGAAUUGAAUAAACUAGACGCAUCGCGUUGUAGUUUCAUGGCAGCCGAUGCACCAAAACUUUUCAAACAAGUCACCUAUCCUAGAGAUGAGACGGUUGUUGUUAUUGAUCCUCCUAGAAAAGGAUGUGAUGAGAGUUUUUUGAGUCAAUUAUUGAAAUUUGGUCCAAGGAGAGUUGUGUAUGUUAGUUGUAACGUACAUACCCAAGCGAGGGAUGUAGGGGUACUUGUUAAGGGGGGGGAGAAUGGAGUUAGGUAUGAGAUUGAGAGUUUGAGAGGUUUCGAUUUUUUCCCACAGACAGGUCAUGUGGAGGGGGUGGCGGUGCUCAAUAGAGUUGAUGAAGGUGGGGUUGGGGCUGGGGAAGUAAAGAGUGGAGAUGAAGAGAUGAGUGAUGUCAAGGAGGAAUCUGUCAAUGAAGCACCGGCUAAAGAAGAACCGGUUAAGGAAGAAUCUAAGCAGGAAUGA